AUGAAGCAGAGUAAGUUGGUCUCUCGUCCGAGCAAAACCAAAAAGCCAAAGGAAAGAAAAGACAGGAGAGAAGAUGAGAGGUAUCAGCGUGAGAUGGAUGCCCUCAUCGCUCGUGAAGUUGCACGUGAAAACGUUUCUAUGCGCAGCGACACCCACAAGCCACAACCAAAACUACUGGAAGAGGUGCAAAAAGACACCUCCCGGCGGCCUAAGACUCCGACUUCGCUAAGCACCGCCGCUGUUGAAAAACAGGCCAAAAUCGACAAGGAAUCCGGUUUCCAGCCUGUUGUCAACCAACGGAAGGAACGCCAGCAGCAACAACAUCAACAACAACAAACAUCCGCCCCGAAGCCGAUGCUUGUGAACGAGGCAUUGGAACGCAAGCUCAAUCAUUUUUUCAGCAACCUUAACCGGAAGGAGAAGUUGACUCGCCUCAGCCAACCCGAGGAGAACCCUACCGCAAGCAAAGGGGCAACCAUCAUUGUAAGAAAAGAUAUCGCUAAUGCCCGCUCGUGGCAACAGCAACAACAGUGA